ACGACAGAAAAUGGCUAGAGAGCAAGUAAGGAGGUGACAGCAGAACAUUUUAGAGAAGAAAAUUUUCCGUCGCUGUUCGGUUUCGAACUCGGGUUCAAUUGAAUGAGAGGUGAACACCUUAACCUCUAGACAACGAGAGCCCUGGAACAUGCGUGUGAGUGUGCACUUUGUGACUGGCACAAUAAAUUACGACGUGUAUAACCAGUGCCAUGACUGAGUUCUGGCUACUCACGAAAUAUCGCAUGUUUUAGCGUCUCAUCUCCCGUUAUGGCCAGAAGAUAAAUAACAUAUGUCAGUACAUUUUAAAAGCUGGACGAAGACGUAUAAAAUAUUAUAUCUUCGUUCCUGUCGAACGGUAGAUGAGCUAAAUACGAAUUCUGGUAAUUCGACACUCGUGGAAAAAAGAAGAAAAUCAAAACUUCGUCGUUACUCAUAAUAUAAAGAUUUUUCAGUCCCGUUUUCUUAUCAUAAACUUAAACACACACACACACACACACACACACACACACACACACACGCACACACACACACACACACACACACAAAACAAACAAACAGACAAAGCAAAUAAUGUAAUAUCGUACUCGUGUUUUUAAUUUGUGUAUAUAUGGCUCGAAAUGUGUUUUGCGACAUUGCCAUUGGCCCGCUAUGAAAAUAUAAUUGUAUGCCUGAUUACAAUUUCACUUUGUUACACGAUUACCUUUCUCCUAUUGCUAACUACGUUAUAUACAAGAGGGUCGAAUCAAUUGCUUGUCCUAGUCUCUCUAACACUACUUUUGUCGGCUGAUGUCUGAUCCAAAUAAAUGGUUUUAAAUUGUUGACAACUUUACUCAUUGCACUCAAAAUUUCCCCAAACCAUCAGUCUAGGCCUACCGUAAAAAAAAAAAUCGACUGUCGACGACUAGCCUUUGCGAGCGUCAUGUCCAAAACAAAAAUUCAAGACUAACUUAGAUAAAUGUAACAACUGAAGUCGUGGUGCCUUUGUCUGACUCUUGUUCAGGGCAGCGAAAGCAUAGGCCUAGGCUACAUCAAUGUUUUUUAGUUUUCACUGUGCCGCCCACGGAGGUCUUGAGCUUUUUCUGAAGCCACUAGGCUAACCUUUUAAAGGUUUCGAGACUUCCAUCUCAGUGUGACGAUGCUUCAAACAUAAGGAGCAAAUUAGGAUGAUGCAAGUAGAAUAUUAUAUUACAUCGGCAUGUAUGUAUAAUAUAAUAUAAUGUAGUCCUUACAUAAUAUAUAUAUAUAUUAAUAGACAUGGCGGCGAUGAAGUAAAGAUGAUGAAAAAAAAGUACGGACGUGGCAGGCCAACUCUGAACCUCGUAAACAGAUUCAUAAACUUAAUAAGCCCAGAGUUGUAGCCUGCAUGAUUUCCUUGAUUUUGCUUUUCCUGCUUCUCUUCUUUUUUUUCUUCUUCCCAAUUCUUUACUGAAGCUUGUCUAUCCAGUAUACGUUAAGCCCAGCCCUGCACCUAGAAAUGGUGCAUCGUAGGCUAUCUGAACUAUCUCUGUCGAGGACAAGAUCAGCACACACAAAAAAGAAGAAAAAAGCAUAAUGCUCUGACUGUACACGUAACAGGAGUACCAGUUGACAAAUCAAUUACCUAUUCAAUCGACUGUGUAAAUGGGAUAAACAUAUUAUUAUAAUUAAUAUCGUUUCAUAUUUAUGGAAGUUACGAACAUCAAUGAACACGUUACAAUGAAUUGAGCUGGUCACCGUGACCAUAAUUUUAUGGUCUCUUAUUUCGUGAACAAACCUUUUCGAUAACGGUUUCCGGUUUUUGGAACAUCUAUAUUGCCACAUUGAAAUACAAUUGAAUAAAGGGAUUGGACCUUGGCAUUACUGAAAAGGGUCAAAAUUGGGGAAAAACAUACAUCAGAUCACAUAGUUUAAGCAUAAAUUUGUGUUACUUUUGUAGAAAUUUUCAUAAUCUGUUUUCUGACAAAAUCUUUGUCAAUUUUUAAAUACUUUAAUCAAGUCUACACACAUGUCAACAAGUUAUACGCCAGAAAGAAUAUGUAGCCUCUGGCAACUUUUUAUGCGCUGACUGAGCAUCGCAGCACAGAAUAACAGAAAAGAUAACAUCGACAUCGCUGUUUACAAGACUAGGCCUGGCUAGACAAGACCAAGCUUAGGAUCAAGUGUUUAUUCGUGUGUGUUCAACAUCUCUUCUCUCUAAAUGAAUUUCAAGGAAAAGAAAAAGAAGUAGAUCUAGUAAUACAUGGUGGUGAGCUAAGUGAGGUCAGCUGGUCUGUUUCCAGAUAUUAUGGAAAACUUCCAUCAUGCUCACAUGGGAUACGCUCGCACAGAACAAUCUGGUCCAGAUGACUUACAGCGCUUCCUGGUUACAUCCCAGCAUGCUACCCAUGGAGUGUUUCGCUACCCUGCUCAAAAGGAGGCUCAUAUCAAUGCAGGAAGUCAGCACAAAAUGCAAACUCCCCCUAUUCACAACUUUCCGUCCGCAGCUCCUCCUUUAUACCCGAACCCGCAGUCGGCCUCCCUCCAGAAGCAGCAGCAGCAGCAGCUCUAUAAUGGGCAGGAUCAGUUUGCCAGGCUUUGUCCUGUGUCUUCGGCUCGACAGACAGCUUCUGCCUAUGGGCAAAAUUCUUCCUACGGCCAAAGCUUUGCCUAUCAGAGUUGCACUCCCCCGUCGCCGGUGAGUCAAGAGAGCAUGUGGAUGAGUGCUGCCCAAAGAAGUCCCCAACUUUCUCCAGCAAUGUCUGUUGUUCAGCAACCUCUGAAUGCUCAUCCGUCGAUCUGCUCAACCCAGUCUUCUUCAGUUCCAUACUCGCCCUCAGUCCAAGCUCCCCCUCCCAUGGCACACAUGCAUUAUCCUCAGACCAACAAUUAUGUUCCCAGUCAGGGUACUAGUUACUUGCAUGACGGUCAGUUUCCCCAGACUCAACAGCCUGCUCCGCAAGUGUCACACCAAAAUAUGCUGAGUCCACAUCAAAGCAAUCCCAUAUCACAAUUGGCUCAUCAAAGCCUGACAUCAAAUAUUUUGACUCAGAACGCAUAUCAGACUGCAAAAUCUGCCUAUGACCGACAUGUAAGUAGUGUUACUCUCAAAGAGACUGCUCAUAUUCCUUCUGCUGUUCAGCCAGAUCCUCAGCAGUCAUUUAUCAACACAUAUUUAGGACAAUUUUCUUCUGCUCAGACUGCAGUGACAAUGUCUCAACAACAUCGAAUACCAGACCCAGUGUCUGCACGGUCUCAAGUGUCAUCUGCUCACCCACAGCGGAGUACCGUGGGUGGGUUGCCUGUGUCCAGCUCUGUUCCAGUGCCAACCGGUGCUGCUUACUCUCGACCCGCAAAGCAAAAUCUCAAGGCAAGACAGGGUCAUCCAAGUUCCAGAGGGGCCCCAGCUGCCCCGGCAGCUCCAAGUUUAAACAUUGCUGCUCGCCUGCUACAUCCGGUGAAUGCGGCAACUCAGUUUGCUAUGUGGGAUCAGUCUACCAGGAAGCAGCCUCAGCCUCAGCCUCAGCCUCAGCCUCAGCCUCCUGCUGCCCACUCACAGAUGCCGCAGACUGUCCACAGGGCAGCACACGCAAAUAACCAAAGAGUCCAGUCAAUUCCUCAGAGGUCUUCCGCUAGAGAGAUGGAGAACUUCGUUAGGACGAGGCAGCAGCCUCAUGAGAGAACAAAUGCAGAAAGGGCAGCAGGCCCCAGGCUCGCUGUCCAGAGUGCCCGAGGGCGAGGAAGAGCGUUGGGUGGAGUUGCAAGGGGUAGAGGUGCGCCGUUAGGUCGGGGGAGAGGAACUGUCAACAGUGCACCCACUGAAAAUGUGAUGCCGCUCCAGUGGUACCGACAGCCAGACUUGAACCUCUCCUCCGAGUACCAGUCUGACAUUGAGGCUAUGAGGGGAUCCACAGCUUCAGAUGCUAGGCAAAGAAAUACUCAACUCGCUCAACAGAUACCCAAGCCCACGUCUUCUGGGACAACCAGUCAGCCAUCAACAUCCACUAGUGCAGCACCAGUUAUCCAAGGGGAUGCUCAAAGUUCGUCCCACACUCGCAUGUCAAAAGCAGCCUCCUUGGCUGCUAUAGAAAUUAAACAGGAAAUGGUAGAAAGUAUGAGUCGGACUAAGACGGGAACUGACAGAGACUGUGUCAGAAAAGAUUGUGCCGCUUCCCAUCACAAGGACACUUCUUCGGGUUCCUCUUCCUCAAAUCAAAGUAUUAGCCUGGCAUCUCGUCAGCCGGUAGCCCCACAGAGAAAUGCAGCUCAGAGUAAUGCUCCAGGAGAUCCAAGCUGUUUGCAGAAUGGGAAGCAGCCGAUGGUUCAUCCCAGCAUCGUAAAACAAGAGCGCCAUGAGCAGGAGACAGAGUCACGUUUGGCCCAUGUCAGUGGCCCAGUUCCAUCUGCUCAAGGCAGCAGCAGCAGCAGCAGCAGCAGCAGCGCACCCCGUGGUGGAGGGAAUGCAGCACCGAGUGACAGAAGCAGAGAUGUUCCGCCACAAGUCAGGGGCGGCAAUGCCACUGUUGCUCCAGCUGGUUCGGUAAACAGUUUCAACAGUCCUCCCCCUUCUGCCUUUGGCCCAGAACAAGGGGCUGCAGGCAACAGAAUGAAUGUUCCUCCUAUGCCUGGCCCACGCUCGGUUCACACAGGCCCUCCUGCAGAUGUGAAGCCUGGGGUGAAUGCACGAGAGAAAGUGUUCUCCAUGUGGAGAGCAGGCCAGGUUGUGGGCAGGGCUCCAGUCCGGGGCAAGGCCAGAGUCAAAGCUACUACUGUAAGACCUCCCAUUGGAAAAGAGGGUAGGGAGGCUAAUGAUCUUCCGGGUGCACCACAGGUAAGAGAUGGCCCUGUUGAAAGAAGACAGAAUAACAACGAAAGAAAUCCUCACGUAGCCGCUGCCCAAGGGCAAAGCAGUGUGAACUCAAUGAAGAAUUUGGAUACAUCAUCCUCUGCCUGUCUGCCUGCAGGCUCACAAACAUCCAGGUUUGUGCCACCUCCUAGUCUGACUGCGGGGGACACUCAGAAUGCCCCUGCAGCGAACAGUGUAUCUGAAAGGCCUGCCUGUGAACCUAACAAGUCUAAAAAGGCUUACUUCUAUGCCACACUUCACGGUCACAAGCUGCUCUGCCUUCAGUCAGGGGACAGGCCUUUUGUGUUGGUGUGCCAGUUUCAGUUCCAGUGCUUCACAGACAUCGGUGUCGGAAGUGUCACCAACUGCAUCGACAGAGCUUUGAGGAUAAAGAAGCGGCUGUUGGAUCAUCCUGAGAAAAAUAAAAUCUUACUCUAUUUGAAGAACAAUGGCUACCUCCAGGGCCCCGGUGCUGAGAACUUUGUGUAUACCAUCAGCGUGGACGAUGCCAGGCGGGUGUACCACUGCAUGUACAACAUUCGCAAUUGUUCCUCCGAUAGCUGUCUCAUGGAGCUCACUUCAGUUCCUGUGGAUUUCAACGCUGUGUUGCCGGCCAUGAAGAAGAGGGAGAUGCUAAAGAAAAUCAAAAAGGAAAAAGCAGAGGAUAAGAGCUAUGGCAGGCUGUCAUCCUUAUCUCAGCAAAGGAAUUUAAAGAGUUAUACCCCUGCACCACAUGCUAAGCUGAACAAAUCCAAUGGAUCAUUGUCAAAUCGGACUAAUGCUGAGUCAGAUACUGACACCACCGCUCAGAAUGACAGUACUGUAGAAUAUGGGAAUCGUGAUCAAGCUAAUUCUCUUGAAACUGCAAGUGGAACGGCUGGGGAUAAAAACCUUAUAACCUGGAGUGGUCAGGAAGCAAAAGUUGGUAGAUUGUUAAAUACAGUUGUAGGGCAAGUGAGGUCGUAUCAAGACAAGGGAGAAAAUUUCUUGGUAGUCGAUGAUGUUAGCCGGAUCCUUGGGAAAGAAGAAUUCUAUAAAGUUGUAGAUAUUGAGAAUAUUACAUUGUAUUCAUGCUGCGAUGAAAUUCAUUCAUUUCUAAAUGGGAUAAGUCUUUUAUUUCCACCGAUUUCAUCUGUAAAAAAUUGUCUUGUGAAGGAAAAAGAUAUCGGAACAGAGGCAAGUGGGGACGUUCGUCCUCCUGAACUGAAUGGGUCAUCUGAUUCUGAACGGAAAAGAGUUUUGUGCAAAGAAGAAGUCAGUGAUGACUUUUGCAGCACUCCUAAGCAAGCCAAGUUGAGUGAGACUGCUGAACAAAAUUGUGGAGAUGCUCCUAGCAAUAACAAUUCUUUCACAGACAUAGAGAUGGGCAGCUCUUUUGUGGGUUCUGAAGGUAAUGUCUCGGCUGCUUCUGUCAGGACAAGCCCUAGGGGUUCUGAUUGUGAGAUGGACUCCAGUGGAGAAGGAAGACUGCACAUUGUCUUUGAUAAGUCUCCACCAUCCAGUGAGAGAAGCAAUGAUAAAGAGAUCUGUUCACCUGUAAAGACGAUGGCUGAUAGGGUUAUUCUGUCUUCAUUAGCGUCAGAGCAAAACUGGAAUUCUUUACCCACCUUCACCAGCGAGUCCUUGCCCAGUUCAACAUCGGAGUCACUACCUCAAGACUCGUCAGGUCGAGAGCUAGCAAAGGCUUCAAGUAAGGAACGUUUGUCCAGAGAUGAGAUGAAUUCUGUGUCGCUAUUGAGUGGAGCUAAAAGUCCUGAUGCUAGUUUUCCGAAUUUACCGACAGCGCAUGAAAAUUUGGAAAGGACAGAAUCUAUUAGUGUUCGCGACAAUUUUCUCUUUGAUAAGGAUGAUGGUACUCCUGUCAACAGGUAUAGCGAUGUCUCAGAGCAUGCCGCCUCGGAGCCACAUAGUCCAGAUGUGGUUUUAGUGUCAGCACACUUUGAGAGCAACUCUGGUGUGAUGCUGCCUAAACUUGAGCCUGCCGAGGAGGACACUCGUCCACAGAAUAAAGAAAAGGACGGUGACGUUCAGAUUGAGCCGUCUGUUUUUAAAGCCCAUGGCUUGAAGUUACGGAACAUGCUGCAAGAAACACAAAGGACCCUGGCCUCCUUAGUUUCAGGGGAGGGCAAGGGCUCUGACACGGUUGCACAUUGCCCUGUGACACAGUCCCUGAGCAGUUUUACGGAAUCCAGUUCUAUAAACUCAGUUUCUGAGUCCUCCUCAAUGUCUGUAAGCCAAGCCCAAGAAAAUGUUCCAGACAAUUUCCUCAGUCCGUGGCAGGUAGCCCCUUCUCCGAGAAAAGGCGAUGCGGCUUCUUCUUCUGCCAAAAAUACAAAGCAAACAAAGGAGAUUGUUGCAGUUCAAGAAAGCCCGAGUCAUUUUCUUCAGCGCUCAGAUGAGAAAAGGUUCAGUUCCCCUCCACGUUCAUCAGAAGUACAGGAGUCUCAAAGUUCUCACAGUACACCUCGCAGUGUGCCAUCAUGUAGUCAAAGUGCUCUUCCUCAGACUCAGAAUAAGUCGAGAGAGGAGACAGAUCUAGGUGGCAACAGAAAUCUUGUACUGGUGGAUGGGUUCAGAGUUGAAGUUGUGAUGAAAAAAGAAAUAGAGGACAGUGGUUCCCAGUGUACUUCUGAAAUGAUGUCCACAUCCGCAAUGGCUGCUACCCCGGACGUCCUACCUGCUCUCUCAGCGAACGCCCCAAGUGAGCGAAGAAGUCAAGAUGACAUUAAUGUCAAGACUACUGAAGGCUGCUGUGAGUGGAGAUCGCAAAGAGCCAUCCUGGAAGAAAAUAACAAGUUGAAGCUCCAAGUCCGCUCUCUGACAGAAACUCUAAAACAGUUGCAGUCUGAAUUCUCAAAGUCAAAAGAAGAGGUGAAAUCAUUGCAGCAUGUGAAAACGUAUUAUGAAGAUGUGAUAAAUGACAUAACAUCCUCAUUCAAGAAUGGAGAUGAGGAGACUCCAAUUUUUAUCAACGACGAUGACGAUUAAUGGCCAGCCAUAUGUAAAUGGAUGAAGAGAAAUAUUUUCUUCUCUGUGGAGCCUGUCAUGGGGCUGCUGCAGCUUUUGCUGUGAAUUCGAUUGUGUUUGUUUCGUAAGUCACCUGGAGUGGAUUUUCCGUUGACAUUUGGAGGGGCCAGUGCCUCCACACCACUCUUUUACUCCUAGUGUAGAAAACAAGCUGAAUGUGUUCAGAGGCAGGAGCAGGAAUGGUGCAGCCUGCCAAAGUGCCAGUUUUGUUCCCAGUUACAAUUUCCUUCCCACGCACCAUACCAUAGGCUGACAGGCCAUGAAAGAUUCCAUCGACUAACGGCAUCGAUAUUAUGCUGUGACCAUGCUCUUCUUGACUUGAAACUCAGCUGAAGGAGAUGUGAUCUGUUCUAACAUGUUCUCGUCGGGGAAGGAAUGAGAAAGUCCUCGCAGAAGUGCUUAGAGUGUGUCUGUUGGUGAGUGUUUGUGAUACUCCGUGAGUGGCUCGUGUGUUGUGUGCUGUGAGGUGUCCCAAGUCUGUGACCCACAUUGAAGACCCCUGGAGAAAGGCUGUGCAUUCACAAGUUUUAUUUUACGCGAAAGAAACCUUUCACCAAGAAGAUUGAUCCUGUCACGGAGUAUAUUGACAAUCAUUUGCUGAUAGGGUUGUCUGGUUCGAGGGGAAAAUGUGAGCACUUGUGUGUAUGUGAAGUUUCUCUCAUAUGGUUUGGAUGGGGGGAG